CUCGCGAUACUGGAGACCAGGAAGACGCCUGCAGAGCCCGGCUGCUGGUGCAGCGGCGGCUCAGGCAGCUGGUGCUGCUGCAUCCGGACCUCUUGCCUGCGAGCCUGAGCCGGAUCUCCAAGUGUGGAGGCGGGACGUAGUCAGGCCAGGGCUGUGAAGGUGCGCAGUGCCCGCUGAGGCGUAGAGUGGAUUCAGGCUGCGGCCUGUCAGAGUCAGGGAGGCGCCCACAAUCCUGACAGGAUAAAAUGGCGGCGAUGGCGCCUGGAGGUAGUGGUAGUGGUGGCGGCGGCGUGAAUCCAUUCCUCAGCGAUUCAGACGAGGACGACGAAGAGGUAGCGGCCACCGAGGAGCGGCGGGCAGGACUUCGGCUAGGAGCCGGGGGUGGCCUGGAUCCUGGCUCUGCGGGCUCGCUAUCGCCACAGGAUCCCGUGGCCUUAGGGAGCAGUGUGCGGCCAGGGCUCCCUGGGGAGGCGGCGGCGGCGGCGGCCCUGGGGGGCUCCGGGGAGACCCCAGCGCGAUUGUCAAUUGACGCGAUCGCCGCUCAGCUGUUGCGCGAUCAAUACUUGCUGACCGCCCUGGAGCUGCACACGGAGCUGUUAGAGAGCGGCCGCGAGCUGCCGCGGCUGCGCGACUACUUCUCCAACCCAGGCAACUUCGAGAGGCAGAGUGGGACCCCGCCGGGGAUGGGGCCGCCGGGUAUCCCUGGAGCAGCCGGCCUUGGAAGCGCUGGAGGUCGGGAACCUAGUACCACGUCGGGCGGGGGACAGCUCAAUCGAGCUGGGAGCAUCAGUACUCUUGAUUCUUUAGACUUUGCAAGAUACUCAGAUGAUGGUAACAGGGAAACAGAUGAGAGAGUGGCAGUCCUGGAGUUUGAACUACGGAAAGCCAAGGAGACCAUUCAGGCCCUCCGAGCCAACCUGACAAAGGCUGCAGAACAUGAAGUUCCUUUACAGGAACGAAAAAAUUAUAAAUCAAGUCCUGAAAUUCAGGAGCCAAUCAAACCUCUUGAAAAGAGAGCUCUAAACUUCUUAGUCAAUGAAUUUUUAUUGAAGAAUAAUUACAAGCUUACAUCAAUUACCUUUUCAGAUGAAAAUGAUGAUCAGGAUUUUGAAUUAUGGGAUGAUGUAGGAUUAAACAUUCCAAAACCUCCAGACUUACUGCACCUUUACCGAGAUUUUGGGAAUCAUCAAGUGACUGGAAAAGAUCUUGUAGAUGUGGCAAGUGGAGUAGAAGAAGAUGAAUUAGAGGCCCUUACCCCAAUUUUAGGCAGCCUUCCUCCAAACCUUGAAACUUCUCAGCCUGUAGAGAACUCCUUGCUAGUACAGAAGUUAGAAGAUAAAAUUAGUUUAUUAAAUAAUGAGAAAUGGUCAUUGAUGGAACAAAUCAGAAGACUUGAAAGUGAAAUGGACUUCCUCAAGAAUGAACAAUUUGCCAUCCCAGCAGUUUGUGAACCUAUUCAAGUGUGUGUGGAUCACUCUCCGCACAAAGACUCUGAAGAAAGUGGACAGAGUCCAGUUGUAAAUAGUUCAGACAGAGGAAAAAACAAUGAUAUCCAUCUUUCAAUAUCAGAUGAAGUUGAUUCCACUAUUCCUAAAGAAAAUUCCCCAAAUUCUGUCCCCAGAAGAGAAAAAGAAGGAAUGCCAUCUUCCUCAUCGAGUAAAAACACAGUUCAUUUUGACAAACCCAAUAGGAAAUUGUCUCCUGCUUUCCACCAAGCACUACUCUCUUUUUGUCGAAUGUCAGCAGAUAGUCGUUUAGGAUCAGAGGUGUCUCGGAUUGCAGACAGUGAAAAAAGUGUUAUGUUAAUGCUGGGUCGCUGCCUGCCACACAUUGUUCCUAAUGUGCUAUUGGCAAAGAGAGAGGAACUGAUCCCACUCAUACUGUGUACAGCAUGCCUGCAUCCUGAGCCUAAAGAGAGAGACCAGCUUCUCCACAUACUUUUCAAUUUGAUCAAAAGGCCAGAUGAUGAGCAAAGGCAAAUGAUACUGACAGGGUGUGUGGCAUUUGCACGUCAUGUUGGACCAACACGUGUGGAAGCUGAGCUUUUACCCCAGUGUUGGGAACAGAUCAAUCACAAAUACCCAGAAAGACGACUGCUUGUGGCAGAAUCCUGUGGAGCACUGGCACCUUACCUUCCUAAAGAAAUUCGUAGCUCCUUGGUUCUUUCAAUGUUGCAACAAAUGUUAAUGGAAGAUAAGGCAGAUUUGGUAAGGGAAGCUGUCAUCAAAAGCCUUGGUAUCAUUAUGGGAUAUAUUGAUGAUCCAGACAAAUAUCAACAGGGUUUUGAGUUGUUGCUGUCUGCUUUGGGUGAUCCUUCAGAAAGAGUAGUUAGUGCUACACAUCAGGUAUUUUUACCAGCGUAUGCUGCCUGGACUACAGAACUGGGAAAUUUACAGUCUCAUCUUAUACCUACAUUGCUGAACAAGAUUGAAAAGCUUCUCAGGGAAGGAGAACAUGGGCUGGAUGAACAUAAGCUCCACAUGUAUCUUUCUGCCUUGCAGUCAUUGAUCCCAUCUCUCUUUGCAUUAGUGCUACAGAAUGCACCCUUCUCCAGCAAAGCCAAGCUUCAUGGUGAAGUGCCACAGAUAGAAGUGACUAGGUUUCCUCGGCCUAUGUCACCUCUUCAAGAUGUGUCUACUAUUAUUGGAAGUCGUGAGCAAUUGGCAGUGCUACUACAGCUUUAUGAUUACCAACUGGAACACGAGGGUACAACAGGCUGGGAGAGUUUACUAUGGGUUGUCAAUCAAUUGUUGCCACAACUUAUAGAAAUAGUUGGCAAAAUUAAUGUUACUUCAACUGCCUGUGUCCAUGAAUUCUCCAGAUUUUUCUGGCGCCUUUGCCGGACAUUUGGCAAAAUAUUUACAAAUACUAAGGUAAAGCCUCAGUUCCAAGAGAUUUUAAGACUGUCUGAAGAAAACAUUGAUUCUUCAGCAGGAAACGGGGUCCUCACUAAAGCUACAGUUCCCAUUUAUGCAACAGGAGUCCUUACAUGUUAUAUUCAGGAAGAAGACCGAAAACUGUUAGUUGGAUUCUUAGAAGAUGUAAUGACCCUGCUUUCAUUAUCUCAUGCUCCUCUUGAUAGUCUGAAGGCUUCUUUUGUGGAAUUGGGUGCAAAUCCAGCCUACCAUGAGUUACUGUUAACUGUUUUGUGGUAUGGUGUUGUCCAUACAUCAGCACUUGUGAGGUGUACUGCUGCUAGAAUGUUUGAGGGGCUGGUGCUGUGAUAUAAUGGGCUAAGCCUCUGCCUUUGGCGCCAGUAUCCCAUAUGGGAGCCAGUUUAUGUCCUUGCUGCUCCUCUUCUGAUCCAUCUCUGCUUAUGGCGUGGGAAAGCAGUAGAAGAUGGCUCAAGCGCUUGGGCCCCUCUACCUGUGUGGGAGACCUGGAAGAAGCUCCUGGCUCCUGGCUUCUGAUUGGCCCAGCUCUGGUCAUUGAAGCCAUUUGAUGAGUGAACCAGCAUGUAGAAGACCUUUCUCUGUAUCUCUCCCUCUCUCUGCCUUUAGGUCUGCCUUUUGAAUAAAUAAAUAAAUCUUAAAAAAAAAAAAAAACUGUCUAGAACAUAAGAGCUUAUGAUAAAUGUAAAAUCAGCAUGAUUUUUUUAUCCAUACUGUUUUAAGACAAUUUAUAAUUGGAAUAGCAGGGCACUGAUAGAUUUAAAAUAUGUACUUUCUGGGGCUGGCGCUGUGGCACAGUAGGUUAAUCCUCUGCCUGCGGCAUCUCAUAUGGGCGCCAGUUCUAGUCCCGGCUGCUCCUCUUCCUAUCCAGCUCUCUGCUAUGGCCUGGGAAAGCAGUAGAAGAUGGCCCAAGUCCUUGGGCCCCUGCACCCACAUGGGAGACUGGGAAGAAGCUCCUGGCUCCUGGCUUUGAAUCAGCACAGCUCUAGCCAUUGCGGCCAUUUGAGGAAUGAACCACGGAAGACCUUUCCCUCUCACUGUCUAUAACUCUACCUCUCAAAUAACUAAAUAAAAAAUCUUUUAAAAAAAGAUAUGUAACUUCUAAAAAUUUUAAAUAUAUAAUUAGAAAAUUCCAUUGUUACCAAAAAGUUGAAAAUUCUCUGUCAGUGUUUUCCCCUCGGUUAUUACACAUAUUUGAUUUUUUUAAAAAACUAGAAUCAAGAAUUCUUUGUCAACAUGAAUGCCAAAUUAGCAGUUUGGUUUAGGAUAUAAAUAAUUUUAUUUAUUCAAUGUAUUGAAAAGAAGGUAUUACCAUAAAAGAAAAGUCUGUCUUCAGUUCCUUCCUCGUAUCUCCCUAAAAGGGAAACAUCCUUUUAAAUGAAGAGCUAUUUCUUUUUUAAUAAUAGUUUUUCUUAAAAAAUGUAUUUAUUUAUUUGAGGCAGAGUCACAGAUAGAGAGAGGGAGAGACAGAGACAGAGGUCUUCCAUUCACUGGCUCACAAUGACUGGAGCUGCACCAAUAUGAAGCCAGGAGCCGGGAGCUUCUUCCAGGUCUUCCAUGCGGAUGCAGGGGCCCAAACACUUGGUCCAUCUUCCACUGCUUUCCCAGGCCAUUAGCAGAUAACUGGAUUGGAAGAGGAGCAGCCAAGACACAAACCACCACCUACAUGGGAUGCUGGCUGCAGGCAGAGGCUUAACCUAGUAUGCCACAGCACCAGCACCUAUUUAAUAUACUCUCUUCCUGGCUUUUUGUAAUAAGACCAUGAACGCUAUUUCUUUCUCUUAGAUCCUUUGUUUUUAAAAUGUUUGUAUGAACUGGUGAAGCAUAUCAUAGAAAUAAAAUAAUUUAAAUAAAAUGAAGCAUCUCCCUUUUGUUUUUGUUUAUUUUGUUUUCUGCCUUAUUUCUUAUGUGUGGCUUUUGUCUGGUUUGGGCUUCUGUGUUUGCUGUCAUGCUGCUCUGGAAAAAUACCUGUCCUUAAGCGGUUUUAAGUGUCUUCUUAGGUUGAUUUUGAAUUUCUGAGUCUAGUUUGAGAGAUUAUUUCAAUAGUUUUUCAAAUUCACUUACAAUGACAUUUCCCUGAUCAUGUCAGUAAAAGUUAUCAGUAGGAGAAAUGAAAAGUUCUUCUUUGUCAAUGAUCCUCAUUUUGAACAAAAUUAUAUUGAAAGAAUAAAUAUGGUUCAUGGAUUUUUUGCACAUUUUAGUUUCUAAUGCUUUAUCAUUUAGAAUUAACACCUGUCUUAUUUUUAUGUAAAAAGAACACUUAAAAUUUUUUUAAAUGAUACCAGAAAAAUUUUUUUAUUGAUUCAUUUCCAUUUUAUCUGAAAGACAGAGAAAGAAAGAGAAACACGAGAGAUUUUCUAUCUGCUAGGUCAUUCCGCAAAUGCCUGCAAGAGCCAGGGUUGGGCCAGGCCAAAGCUGAGAGUCUGGAAAUCGGUGUAGGUCUCCGAAGUGGGCGAUAGGAAGCCAUCAUCUGCUGCUUCCCACCGUCUGCAUUAGCAGGAAGCUGGACUGUGAAGCAGAGCUGAGACUAGAACCAGGACCCUGAUAAGAGAUUCAGGUGCCCCAAGUGGUGGCUUAGCUGCUGUGCCAAACGCCUACCCCAGAGACCAAAACCAACUGAGAAAUGGAUGUACCAAGAACCUAAAAUGAGAUACUGACUGAAAUUGAAUACCAUAUUUAGCUUAAUUUUCAGAUGGCAGAGAAAAAGGGAAAUCAAGGAAAUCAUAUUAUUCUCAUUGAUUUGUAAUAAUACAAAGAGCCUUCACAUAAACUAAGCCAUGCUCUCUCUGAUAUAUUAUAUAGAAGAAUGUUUUAACUAUGCAUACAAUGAUAGGUUUUUUUUAUAAACAUUUCAUGGUAUCUUUGAUCUUCUCCGAGGACUAGUUCCAUUACUAGAUAAAUGGAUUGAUUGGCAUAUAGGAUUAGACUGUGCUUACAUUCUAAAGUUGAGAAUGAAGUUCCUUUUCUCUGUUGAACUUAUAAAAUUUGGUAUUACUCAAAAAAACAAAAU